CCUGUAUUAAGCUAAAACCCAAAAAGGAGAAGAAAAAAGAAGAAAAAAACCCAUAAACCCUAACCAGUGAGAUAGAGAGUGACAUUUCAAUGGCGAUACAGAGCUCCACUUCGAGCGAUACAACUCAGAAACACUUCUUUGUAAUGAAGGAGUUUCUGUGGGGAGCUAUCGCUGGAGCAUUUGGGGAAGGAAUGAUGCAUCCAGUUGACACCGUAAAGACGCGUAUCCAGAGCCAAGCUAUGCUUACCGCAAGUAAGAACCCAAAGAGCAUACUGCAGAUGGUACGAGCAGUCUGGAUUGCUGAUGGAUUAAGGGGCUUUUAUAGGGGUAUAGCUCCUGGUGUCACUGGUUCUCUUGCAACUGGAGCAACAUAUUUUGGUGUUAUAGAGUCAACCAAAAAGUGGAUUGAAGAAUCACAUCCAAGCCUUGGGGGACAUUGGGCACAUUUCAUUGCCGGAGCUGUUGGAGAUACACUUGGUUCUUUUGUAUAUGUUCCAUGUGAAGUGAUGAAGCAACGCAUGCAGGUUCAAGGCACACUGACUUCUUGGAGUUCUGUCAUGAUGAAAGAUAAUCUCUCUAUGAAGCCUAGUCUCCAAAUGUAUGGUUAUUAUACUGGGAUGUUCCAGGCUGGCUGCUCAAUAUUGAAGGAACAGGGGCUGAAAGGAUUAUAUGCAGGGUACUGGUCCACACUCGCAAGAGAUGUGCCUUUUGCUGGUCUAAUGGUUGUGUUUUAUGAAGGCUUGAAAGAUUUGACAGAGUAUGGGAAGCAAAAUUACAUACGCGAUCCAAAUUUCCGUAUUAAUAGUUCUGUUGAAGGACUCAUACUAGGAGGAUUGGCUGGUGGGUUUAGUGCAUAUCUUACCACUCCCUUGGAUGUGGUCAAAACAAGAUUGCAAAUACAGGGAUCAACCUUGAGGUAUAAUGGCUGGUUGGAUGCAAUUCGUAGCAUAUGGAUGGUUGAAGGUGCACGUGGGAUGUUCAGAGGUAGCAUCCCCAGGAUUACAUGGUAUAUUCCAGCUUCAGCUCUUACAUUUAUGGCUGUGGAAUUUCUCAGAGACCGCUUCAAUGAAGGAUUGAGCAAUCCUAACUCCCAAGAUGUUGCUAGCAUGUCGGUAGAGAAAAAGGGAUCGCCUUUACAAGGGGCAGCGUGAGAAACAUGAACCGAUCAUUUGUUCCCAUCCAAUAUAGUUUGUCGAACAUAUAGGGGCAUUUUCAUGCAUUCCAAGGAAUGAUGUUGCUGAGAAUUUUAAUAGUACGUGUACAUAAAUAUAGAGAAUAAAAGGAGAUUUUGUAUUGUAG